GAGGCAUGGGAUAGCGAAUCGGACCCAGGAUAGCUAGCUAGAAUCGAUAAAGAUGGCGACAGCGAGAGACACCGAAUAUAAAAUUAUUAUCGAUAAUAAAAAUAAGACAUGUUUAUUCAGAUAGGUGAAGAAAGGAUACCUUUAUAACAAAAAGAAAUUCGCUCAUACGGUUGCAUUUUGUUUUUAACUUAAAGUCCCGACUGCGCAAGCGAUUUGUUUUCAGAGGAGCUCCACAGUUCUAUGUCAAGUUAGCCGUGUUGGCUAGCUAGCCUGAUUGGAUCUCAAUCGCUUAUGGAUUUCUAGGAUCAGGACGAAUGUCGUUUGACUGAAAAUCGACUUUACACGGGAUUGAAUUAGCUACAAAUUGUUCAUGAACCGAUUGGACAACAUCGUUUAUUUUACGUUGGGAACAUAGCCAUUCCGCUGGCCCGGUGACACGGAGAGUGUCGAGUCGGAGUGCCUGACCGUCAUGUAUUUUUUAACUGGCUGGCCCCGGAGGCUACUUUGUCCACUGAAAAGUGAAGAGGAACCGUUUCAUAUUAAGCCCAACUCACAGAGGUUUUACUUCGCCAUGUUGUCAGAGACUCAACUAAGCAUCUGGUUUAGUCGGCCCAGUGUUCUGAUAGUGAGCUACAUAGAGUCCGUGAAGGCAGCAGCCCAGUUUGGCUUCUAUCAGCAGGCCGAAUGGAAGCCGGACGAUUCCAUGAUAGCAGUGGCGGCUGCCAAUGGCUACAUCCUCAUGUUUGACGUGGUGGGAGGAGGAGAGGACAAGUAUCUUUAUGAGCCAGUCUAUCCCAAAGGGAGUCCGCGUGUCAAGGUCACCCCAGGUUAUAAAGAAGAGCAGUGUGCCCCCGCUCUCAGCCUGGAGAUGAAGAGACCCAUAGAUCUGGAGGCUCCCAUCACCAGUAUUAAGUCUCUUCAGGAUGACUUGUUGGUGUCUACAGCUGAUGGCUACCUCCACAUCCUCCACUGGGACGGAGUCAGCAAUGGCCGGAAGGCUAUCAGUCUCUGCACCGUCCCCUUCUCCCUGGAUCUUCAGUCAGCACGCGGUGGUCCGUCUCUGGAUCUGGAGGGGCUGUACAUCAGAGACAUGGAGUACUGUGUGACUCUGGAUGGCUUUGCUGUGGUGCUUGACGACGGGAGGCUGGGAUUCAUCAGUCCUGUAGCCAGCCGGUUUACCGCGGAACAGCUGCAGGGCGUCUGGGCAGCAGACGUAACAGACGGCACGUGUGUGGCGGUCAACAAUAAAUACAGGCUGAUGGCGUUUGGUUGUGCCAGUGGCUCAGUAUUGGUGUACAUGAUUGACACCACCACAGGAUCCAUGCAGCUCUCCCACAAGCUGGAGCUCACCCCAAAACACUUCCCUGACGUGUGGAACAAGACCGGCGCGGUGAAGCUGAUCCGCUGGUCCCCCGACUACAGCGUUGCCAUGGUGACCUGGGAGUGCGGCGGGCUGUCUUUAUGGAGUGUGUUUGGAGCACACCUCAUCUGUACACUCGGGGAGGACUUUGCGUAUCGGUCAGACGGCACGAAGAAGGAUCCUAUAAAGAUCAGCUCUAUGUGCUGGGGAGCGGAAGGCUACCACCUGUGGGUCAUCACCAGUAGAGAGGAAGCGGAGCUUGUAGAGAACAUGGAGGGGGCUCCACCUCCUACCCAGACCAAGCAGGCGGGGAUACUGCAGUUCCACUUCAUCAAAAGCGCCCUCACCGUUAACCCCUGCACGAGUAACCAGGAGCAAGUUUUACUACAUGGGGAAGACCGUCUGUACCUGACCUGUGGUGACCCCACCCAGGUCCCAUCCAGCAGCUCCGAUGGCCCUCAAACCCCUCACCCCCACAAUCUCGCCCAUGGCCUGGAGGGCAACCCCCUUCCCCAUCGCUCCGCCCCCUCACCCAACUCCAUCUCUCAGGGACUCAGCACUUUACUGGGACACAAGCACUGGCACGUGGUCCAGAUUCACAGCACAUACCUAGAGAGUAAUUGGCCUAUACGGUUUGCAGCCAUAGACACAGCAGGCCAGUGCAUAGCGGUGGCAGGGAGACGUGGCUUUGCGCAUUACUCCAUGUCCACCAGGAAAUGGAAGCUGUUUGGGAACAUCACUCAGGAGCAGAACAUGACCGUGACAGGGGGGCUGGCCUGGUGGAACGACUUUGUCGUUGUUGCCUGUUACAAUUUCACCGACCGGCAAGAAGAGCUGCGUCUGUACCUCCGGUCGUCCAACCUGGACAAUGCCUUCGCCUCCGUCACCAAGCUGCACUCUGACACCCUGCUGCUCAACGUGUUCAGAGACCUGAUCGUCCUCUUCAGAGCAGACUGCUCCAUCUUCCUCUACAGCAUCGAGAGGAGGCACGACGGGCCCAACCCGUCAGCCUGUGUUGAGCUGCUUCAGGAGGUGUCCAUGUCCCGCUACAUCCCCCAUCCUGCCCUGGUGGUGUCUGUCACCCUCACCUCGGUGCGCACAGAGACCGGCAUCGCGCUUAAAGCCCCACAGCAGGCCUGUAUGGCAGAGAGCAUCAUGCUGAACCUGGCUGGCCAACUCAUCAUGCUACAGAGAGACCGUUCUGGACCACAGGUACGAGAGAAGGAAGACCAGAAGAAACUGCUGCCGUUCUGUCCUCCCGUGGUUCUGGCUCAGUGUGUAGAGAAUGUGUGGACGACGUGUCGCAGUAACAAGAAGAAGCGCCACCUGCUGGAGGCUCUUUGGCUGUCCUGUGGCGAGGCCGGAAUGAAGGUAUGGCUGCCCCUGUUCCCGCGGGACCACCGUAAGCCCCACUCGUUCCUGUCCCGGCGCAUCAUGCUCCCCUUCCACAUCAACAUCUACCCCCUGGCUGUGCUGUUUGAAGAUGCCCUGGUGCUGGGGGCAUCUAAUGAGACCGUGCUCUACGACGGCCUGCAGGGUCCCAGCGAGGGCCGGGAGCCUCUUGAGGUGACGUUCCCUUACUGCACGGUGGAGAGGACCUCCCAGAUCUACCUCCACCACAUCCUGCGCCAGCUACUCGUGCGUAACCUGGGAGAGCAGGCCCUGCUCCUGGCCCAGUCCUGUGCGGCGCUCCCCUACUUCCCCCACGUCAUGGAGCUCAUGGUCCACGUGGUGCUGGAGGAGGAGGCCACCUCCCGGGAGCCCAUCCCCGACCCUCUGCUACCCACCGUGGCCAAGUUCAUCACCGAGUUCCCCCUGUUCCUCCAGACCAUCGUGCACUGCGCCAGGAAGACGGAGUACGCCCUGUGGAACUACCUGUUUGCUGCCGUGGGCAACCCCAAGGAUCUGUUUGAGGAAUGUCUAAUGGCUCAGGACCUGGACACAGCAGCAUCCUAUCUCAUCAUACUGCAGAACAUGGAGGUUCCGGCGGUGAGCAGGCAGCACGCUACCCUGCUCUUCAACACGGCUCUGGAGCAGGGCAAGUGGGACCUCUGUCGUCACAUGAUCCGAUUCCUCAAGGCCAUUGGCUCUGGGGAGAUGGAGACCCCGCCUCCAACACCAACCACUCAGGAACCCAGUUCGACGGGAGGCUUCGAGUUCUUCAGGAACCGCAGCAUCAGUCUGUCCCAGUCAGCUGACGGCAUCGCUGCUGGGAAGUUUAACCUACAGAAGACCUUUAGCAUGCCCUCCGGGCCCUCCACGAAAGGGUCUGAGCGAUGGAGUAAGGACAGUGACUGUGCUGAGAACAUGUACAUAGACAUGAUGUUAUGGCGUCACGCCCGGCACCUGCUGGAGCAGGUCCGCCUCAAAGACCUAGGCUGUUUCUCCGCCCAGCUGGGCUUCGAGCUGAUUGGCUGGCUGUGCCGCGAGCGCACCCGGGUAGCGCGGCUCGAUGACUUUGUCAUGGCGCUGAAGUGUCUCCACAAGGACUUCCUCUGGCCGUUUCCUGUCAUCCCAGCGUGCUCGACCAGCUCGCCCUUCAAGGACGGACACCGCAAGACGGUGCUGAGCCAGCGGCUGCUAAAGUCCCAGUCAGCAGACAGCCUGUUGAACAGUGACAUGGACACAGCGCCCCCGCAGGCCUCGGCACGCAACAGCAAUCACACCUGGCUGGACGGUCUCGGGGCGCUGGGGCCGCCGGAGCCUAAAGAGAUGAACACAUCCUCUUCCCACGGGGGGCCACAGACACAGGAGGCCUUCCUCUCUCCACUCACUAACAAAACGGAGGAGUGCAGUAUCGGUUCGGCCACAGACCUGACAGAGACCAGCAGCAUGGUGGAUGGAGACUGGACCAUGGUGGAUGAGAACUUUUCCACUCUGAGUCUGACCCAGUCUGAGCUGGAACACAUCUCCAUGGAGCUGGCUAACAAGGGACCACACAAGUCUCAGGUCCAGCUACGCUACCUGCUGCAUGUGUUCAUGGAGGCGGGCUGUCUGGAGUGGUGUGUUGUGAUUGGUCUGAUCCUGAGAGAGGCCACGGUCAUCAAGCAGGUGGUCAACUUCCUGGACAGCCCAGAGGUUCCUCCUGAGACCGUCCAAAGUAUCCGCUCCGGCCUGCUGGGAGUCGAUGCGUGGGCCUCCACAGACUGCCUGGGCUAUAAACCCUUCCUGAACCUGAUCCGGCCCCAGCUGCAGAAGCUAAUAGAGACUGCUGUGGAGCAGGUCCAGCCUGAAGCCUUCCAGUCAGGGGCUUCCAACCCCAACUCCAAGCAGACUGAGCCCCAGCCCGGAUGCCCCAGGGCGGAGGACAGUAGAGGGCCUGCUCCCUUGGGCCUGGCCCUGCCCUCGGAGCCCUCUGGAGGGUUAGUGACAGAGGACGGAGGAGCUCCAGAGGAGCAGGAGGAGCAGGCGGCCGACGAGGGGGCGUAUGACUGCACCCUGUCCUGACGUGCCCUGUCCUGACCUGGGUCGUGUUCAUUAGCCACCAAAACGGGAGAAAAUGGGCUGAAACAGGGAGGGACUACAUAAAAUGUUUUUGCUACGGUGUGUGUGCCCUAAUGACUACAGCCCUGUCCUAACCUCUGACCUUGCUGGGCAGGUGAAGGGGUGUGGUGCGGGUGUGUGAUGGGACACAGGAUGAGAAAGAAGAGGAGGAAGGGAUCCUCAAAGACUGAAUACUCUGCAUUGUGGGUCUAGAACCAGUUUUGUUGGCUGAUGUGGACCCAGAUAUGUUACAUCGACCAUGUGUGUGUGUGUGUGUGUGUGUGUGUGUGUGUGUGUGUGUGUGUGUGUGUGUGUGAGAGUUUAUGCUUGUUUAUGUGAGGCUUUUGUGUGUUACCAUACUUUGGGUGUGAAACACAAGGAAGCUCUCUCUUUGUUUCUCUCCUGUCCGCAUACUCAUCCAUCCCUGUGCUGGAAGAGGGUCUGAGUGAGUGGAGUAGGUUGAGUGUCAGUAUUAUGGACUUGAGUCACUGCAAACAGAGCUUGCCAGGACACAGCCAAUUCAUAGCACCCAAACAAAAACACCUAAGAUAUCCAUACUGUACGACAGGUGGUUCAAACCUCUACGUUUAUUCUACUUCCCACGUAAUUCCUUUUUAAAGAAUUAGAUCACAGACCAAGUUUUUUUUUGCAGAGUACGAGUUUGGGCUCGUCGGGGUUUAUUCUGGAAUGAAGUGUUCGAGUACAAAGCAGGCAGUUUGUUGCAAUUUAGCUUUUGACCAAAAUGUGCUUUUCAGAUCAGAGAAUUGCUCGCUGUCUGUGUUGUGGUCUCGGCUAGGCUUUAGUGGCCGUCUAGGUAUAAAUGUAUACCGCUCGGCUGGCUUUUCUGUGUGAUGUGAGCGAAUUCCCAGUCAGAUCUCCGUGGCGACUUGUUAGGGAGAGCACCAGGAAGAGAAAGCAUCCGUGAUGUUCUCCCGAGAGACCUGUCAAACAAACCUUUCAUUGGCAGCCAUUCCACAGAACUGAACAGUUAAACCUUUCGAUUUUUUUCACGUUUUUUUGUACAAACGUCUAUUGUACUUUUUCGUGGAGUAAGUUCAAGUAUAACUUUUGGUACUUCUGGCAAGAAACCGCCCCUGAAACCCACGAACGGUGUUGCCGGGACAUUUUACGAGAGUCGUGUGUUGUGCAAAGGGGAGGGGUCUCGUCUUUUCAUACCUCACGGUGUACAGUGGAUUAUACACAUGUUUUAUGAUACCUUUGUCAAUAAUGUGGAGGGAGGUGUUCGUCAACAUCCAUAGCAUUCAUUUAGGAAAUGAUGUCCCCUUAUUUCGAUGCUAGACUGUGGCGUGAGAAUGCUCUUGGUCAAGAGCGAAGACGUGUCUAUGUGUGUGUGUGUGUGUGUGUGAUGACCUGGAUUGGUCAUGUAUGUUGAGGAGGGCCUGAUCAGCCCUCAACCGUGGGUGGGGGGGGGGGGGGGUGGUAGCCCCAAGGUUAGAGCGUUUGGGCCAGUAAGCGAAAGGUUGCUGGUUUGAAUACCGGAAACCGACAAGGUGAUAAAAACUCUGUUGCUGUGCCCUUGAGUAAGGCACUUAACCCUAAUAGCUCCUGUUGCACUAUAGGAUUGUGACCCCAGUCCCUGCGGGACACUCCAGGGGAGUUCGGAUAUGCCAACAACAACUAAAAAACAUUUCCAUUUCAAACGUGUGUAACAGAACAAAUAUAAGCAGCCCUCAAAUGAAUUCAAACAAACCAUGACUGUCUCCUGAAAGGAGAAUCUUUAACCAUAUCUGAGGACAAACCACAUUUUAUUAUGAUGAUCAUGACCUGCAUCUUCACACAUGUACUUGGCUCGAGAAUUGAAACAUUAGUGCUCAAUGAAUUGGCUUCGGCCCUGUGGAGGAUCCAAUGGGAAGCAAAACCAUAGGAGAAACAAAGCUAUGUUCAUUCACCUUAUAUUGAUAUGCCAGAGUUCACUUUUAUUCGCCCCUUUGUAAAGACAAAAAAAAAAAAAAUUGUGUUUAACUUAACGUCAUAUAUCGUUAUCGUUUUUAAGGUAGGAUUGUGUUUUAUCUCCUAUCAGUGAUCUUUUGUCUUUCCUUAGGAAUUGCUGUGGAGUUGAAGAGGUCCUGGGCUCUUUAAUGAAUACAGAAUAACGUCCCAUAGUUUCUAUACGGACCUAGGUCUAUAAUGUCUUGGUCGUUAUCACCGUGGUAACAUACCAAAACCUUGAUCACAAGCGGCGAUACUGAUAACAGUGACUUUUUAGGAGAAUCUCCAACUCCGAAGCGGCUGUGUGUGUACGAUGUAACGGCAAAGACCAAGUGGUGUUGCAUCUGUUAAUGAUUUUGUUUUGUUGACUAAAGUACAGUAUCCUCACAUGGAAUCGAGCUUUUAUGAGGUAGAGUGUUAUUCUUAUUUAUUGGUUGUGUUGUUAUUACUAUUCUAAAUAGUCAUUUUUUUUUUAAUUCUUCAAAUAGUUUUUAUUUUGGCUAUAUCAAAGCAGCUAAUGGAGAGCUAUUUAGUUGCUUUUGCCUCGACAUACUGUAGUCAUCUGAGUCUUUAGACCCAUAUCCCACCGCCUGACAUGAAAAGAGCUCCUAAAAACUGGGCCUCAGUUCGUUACGUGUCUCUGAGUAGGAGGUACAGUUUUGCUUUUCAGAUCAUUAAUGUAUACGAUUACGUGGACACGGGGGAUCCGAGUUGAAUCUGGUGUGUUUGUCCGGGGCUACAACAAAGAUGUGUGCUGUGUGGGGGUACUUGAGGAGUUGAGGAACACUGCUAAUCAAAUAUUAUUUGUCACAUGCGCGGAAUACAACGGGUGUGGACCUUAGUGAAAUGCUGACUUACAAGCCCGUAACCAACAAUGCAGUUUUGAGAAAUAAAGUAACAAAUAAUUAAAGAGCAGCAGUAAAAUAACAAUAGCGAGGCUGGUAUGGAGUCAAUGAGUGUGUGUGGGCACCAAUAGUCUGGGUAGCCAUUUGAUUAGAUGUUCAGGAGUCUUAUGACUUGGUGGUAGAAGCUGUUUAGAAGCCUCUUGGACCUAUACUUGGCGCUCCGGUACUUUCCGUGCAGUAGGAGAGAAAACAGUCUAUGACUAGGGUGGCUGGAGUCUUUGACAAUUUUUAGGGCCUUCCUCUGACACCGCCUGGUAUUGCCUCCUGGAUGGCAAGAAGCUUGGCCCCAGUGAUGUAUUGGGCCGUACACAUUACCCUCUGUAGUGCCUUGCAGUCGGUGGCCGAGCAGUUUCCAUACCAGGCAGUGAUGCAACCCGUCAGGAUGCUCUCGAUGGUGCAGCUGUAAAACCUUUUGAGGACCCAUGCCAAAUAUUUCCAGUCCCCUGAGGGGGAAUAGGUUUUGUCAUGCCCUCUUCACAACUGUCUUGGUGUGCUUGUUAAUUUGUUGGUGACGUGGACGCUCUCAACCUGCUCCACUAAAGCCCUGUCGAUGAGAAUGAAGGCGUGCUCGGUCCUCCUUUUCCUGUAGUCCACAUUCAUCUCCUUUGUCUUGACCACUCUGACGGAGAAGUUGUUGCCCUUGCACCACACGGUCAGGUCUCUGACCUCCUCCCUAUUGGCUGUCUCGUCAUUGUCUGAUCUCGGCUCAGAUCCCCCUUGUCCAUGUAAUCUUAUACAUUAUGAUCUGAGAAGCCAAAUGGAUCCUAAGCACUUCUACUCUGAGACGCUUUAUGAAUAGGGGCCCAGGGAUACUCAAGGACUGGAAUUGGGACAACACUGCCCUAGACAACUGCUGGUGCUCUGAACACACCGGUUCUGGAUAACUUACUGUGCAUGUAGGCUGUGUUCCUCUAUUAUAUUAGGUCCCUACAACUACAGAAAGUACAGCAAUGGUGUCCACUUACUUACAGUAAGUACAUCCGUAUUAAAUCGUGCAAUUCUGAAAUGUUACUUUGUUUCAGCUUUAUCCUGGUUUUUAAAACAGUUUUAUUUGAAUCCUUUUAUUUUCUGUUCUCAGCCUUUUAUUUGCGUUCUCUGCUCCUCCUUCUUUCUGUCACUCAUACAGACCAAAAUAUUUGUAUUUUAAUCAUUAUUUUUGCUGCAGCUUACUGUGUUUGUAGUGUACAUGGUUGUUUGCAGUUUUUCUGUUUGGCCUCUAUUCUGAUUGUCAUUUAUUGUUCUGCUGCAUGAAGAAAAUCCCUUUGUACAGUCACGACGACUGUACACAGCAUUGAUGUGCUUAGCUAUAUCCCAUCUCUGCUUUCAGUACGGUAUAGUAUAUGCAGUCGGUGGCUCACUUUGCUGCCUGCUCUCAAACUGUGAAGUUUACCGAACACGCGUACAGUACUUGGCUAACCAAAGACAAAAUGUUCAGAGGCUUUCGGUCGGCGUGUGCAGGUCGUUGAGAAGAUGAGUGCUUGUGUAAAGGUGCAAAGAUGUACAAUGAAUCUUCCCCCCACACACCCUCCCUCUGUGAUGAGAAAGAUAACCAACCAUUGACGCUCAAACCAAUUUUUCAGUUAGUUCUUUUUCUACAUCAUAUAGAAAUGGAUAUUAUGAUUAUACACGUCAUGUUUCUGUCUGAUCUGAGGAUGAGAAGCCUAUUGUUUUGCGUGUCUUGUCUUUGCUGCUGGGAAAAGCACAGUCAUACAUGACACAGCGGUACUGUGUUCAAACAAAGGACGUUAUAAGAACAUCUCUGGUUCAUACACACACUAUAUAGGUGAUCAAAGACACACUGAGUGGAAGAGGACUCUUUUUACUUCAUAUUGUACUUUAAAGUAUUGCCUAUCUAUGACACAUUACCUGGGUCAUGCAGACAGUUGGACAUCUUCAAUGCAGUGUACAGUAUAUAGUGUUUCUUGUACAAUUAGCCUUUUCUACUAAUUUUUUGUUUUCUAUUUUAUUUUUUUCCUGUACAUAAAAGAACAAUAAAUUAUUUUUAAAAACAAAAAAA